AUGGCUCAUCAUACUCGUCAGUAUUCCCGGAGACGGUACGUUUCCGUAUUUCUCCUUCUCUCUGCCAUCAUCAACACGGUCUCCACCGUCACCCAUUAUUCUGUUCCCGAAGAAAUGGAGGAAGGAUCUGUCGUCGCUAAUUUAGCAGCUGAUUUGGGAUUAGACGUGAAGACUUUGAAUAAAAGAAAAAUGCGCGUCGACGCUGUAGGUAACAAAAAAUAUCUAGACAUCAACAAGGACACGGGAGAGCUCUUCAUUUUGGAAAGGAUAGAUAGAGAGUAUUUAUGCCCAUUGAAGACAACAACGUCAUGCUUUCUUAAAUUAGACGCUACAAUUGAAAAUCCAAUACGAAUGUUUAAUAUUGAGGUCGAAAUUAUGGAUAUUAACGAUAACGCUCCUCAUUUUCGACGGGGGACAAUGCAUUUGGACAUCUCUGAAUCAAGUCCCAUUGGAGAGAGAUUCUCUCUGAAUAACGCUGCAGAUCCAGAUGUUGGAUCGAAUUCUGUGAAAAAUUACCAUCUGAGCUCAAGUGAACAUUUCUCCAUUGAAAUUCAGACCGGAAGAGAUGGGACGAAGUUUGCAGAUUUGAUUUUGAAAAAGGCUUUAGACAGAGAGCAGCAGGCUGUUCAUAAUCUAAUACUGACUGCUGUGGACGGUGGAGUUCCCACGCGCACAGGUACAGCCAGCAUCAUUGUUCGCGUGCUUGAUGUGAACGACAACGCCCCUUCAUUUGACAAAGACAAAUACGUCGUAGAGGUGAUGGAAAACGCACCGAUUGGAAGUCUAGUAAUCAAACUAAACGCCACUGAUUUAGAUGAAGGGUCCAAUUCUGACAUUGUUUAUUCAUAUAGUUUGUAUACAUCAGAGAGAACACAGGAUAUGUUUAACCUGAAUCCAGAAAAUGGUGAGAUCAGAGUGAAAGAGAUGAUUAAUUAUGAAGAUGUUAAACUUUUUGAAAUGGAGGUUAUUGCCAGUGAUAAGGGGCCUAACACCUUAUCUGGACAGUGUAAACUGACAAUACAGGUGACAGAUAUGAAUGAUAAUCACCCAGAAUUAUCUAUUAAAUCAUUCCACAGUCCAAUUAAAGAAAAUGAACCAAUAGACACAGUGAUAGCUGUAGUUAGUGUGAGUGAUAAGGACUCAGGUGAUAAUGGAGUGGUUGAUCUUCAUAUUCCAGAUAAUAUGCCUUUCAAACUGAGAGAAUCCUCUGAUAACUACUAUGAAUUAGUGGUGUCAGAGCCGUUAGACCGUGAGAAGGUUCCAGAAUAUGACGUGACCUUCACUGUGACAGACAGAGGUUCUCCUCCUUUAUCUGACAAUGAAACUAUGACUUUAGAGCUGCUGGAUGUUAAUGACAAUGUUCCACAGUUCCCUCAGUCAUUUUAUACUAUACGUGUGAUGGAGAAUAACGCACCUGGGGCCUUGCUGGGUUCACUCACUGCCUUUGACCCUGACCUCCAUGAAAACCAGUAUCUAGUUUAUUUCAUCCUAGAGAAGGAGAUAGCCAACACCUCCAUGUCCAUGCUGUUCUCCAUCAAUCCAGAGAACGGUAAUCUUUACGCUCUAAAAACUUUUGACUAUGAGAUCGAGAAGGAGUUUCUCUUCCACAUCGAGGCCAGAGACUCUGGCUCUCCUCCACUCAGCAGUAACGUGACCGUCCACAUCAUUAUUGUGGAUCAGAACGACAAUGCUCCGGUUAUUGUCUCUCCGUGGCGUGCGCACGGCUCAGUGGUGGAGGAAAAGAUCCCAAGAUCUACCGAUAAAGGCUCUCUGGUUGCCAAGGUGAUAGCAUUAGACACAGACUCGGUGCACAACUCUCGGAUCACCUACCAGUUUCUACAGGUGACUGACGCCACCUUGUUCAGUCUGGACCAGUACAACGGAGAGAUCCGGACUAUGAGGAUGUUCAGUUACAGAGAUCCGCGCCACCAGAGACUGGUUGUUGUUGCUAAGGACAACGGGGAGCCUGCUCUUUCUGCUACAGUCACCAUCAAGCUGUCCACAGUGGAGACUGCUGUUAAGGCCUACUCUGACAUGACGGAGGUGCCUCUAGAGUAUGACAUCUUCUCAGACCUAAACCUGUAUUUGGUGAUCGGUCUGGGCUCGGUGUCAUUUCUCCUGCUCAUCACCAUACUGGUCACCAUUGUGCUCAAGUGCCAGAAACCCAAAGCCAGCAAAGCGGCUCCUCCCUGCAGGAACAGUGUGAUCAGUGAGAGGAACUCCACCAUCGCAGAUUCCACUCUGGUGUCAAACGAUGCCUACUGGUACAGUCUGUUUCUAGCAGAGACCAGGAAAGGAAAGCUGGUGGUCAGACAGCCUGUGCCAAAGGGCUCCAGGUACAUCGUGUCCAGUAUACCAAGAGGCACAGGACUGACAGAGACUAGUGACUCAGCAGCUUCCACUCUGCAGGUACGGAAAAGUCUCAGUUAA